UGCUGCUCCCUGCACCACCCAUCACCCAUGACACUUAACGAUAAAUUUUUUCAAGAGUGAGUUUGUCAAAUCUAAAUCAUAUAUUAAAACAAUAAAUUAUUGUAAAGCCCAAAAGUAUCAUAAAAAUAUUUGUGAUAAUUUUAAUCAAAUAAAUAAACGCGUGUUAAUUAAUUGAUUGAAAUAAUAUAUAAAAUAUAUGAAAUAUAUAGGUAUAUUGACAAGACGCUCUAUUGUGUCACAUCAAUGGCAUCAAGUGUCAGUGUGUGUUUAUCCAACAACACAUACACAUGUCAAUAAUUUUUCAUCUUUAAAAAAAUAAAAAAAUAAAAAAUACUCUGUCUCAUACAAAUGCUGGAGUAGUUUUUAUAUAUUUUAUUUUUGUAUUGUGUGUAUCUGUGUGAUCAUGCUGCUGUUGGCUGCAUCAAAUAAAUAUUAUCAAAAUAAUAAAAAAUCAUCAUCAUCAUUACAUUCUCAAAUUAAUUGUCAAAAAUAUUAGCUAAAUUUAUCAUUAAUUUUUUGUGGAUUUUAUCAACUUAAAAAUACUAAAAACAAGAAAAAAUUAACAAUAACAAUUUAGUGAAUGAUAAUAGUGUUUGUUUAAACAAUUAAAAAUAAUAAUAAUAAAAAAUGUUGAAAUUCAUACGAGGAAAGGGUCAACAAACCACAGCCGAACGUCAAAAACUUCAAAAAGAUCUUUUUGCAUUUAGAAAGACGGUCCAACAUGGAUUUCCCAAUAAACCAACAGCUCUUGCUUGGGAUCCAAGUUUGAGAUUGAUGAUUAUUGGUACAGCUUCUGGUGCCAUUAAAGUAUUUGGAAGACCUGGGGUAGAAUUUUAUGGUUUACAUUCAACAGAAAGUGGUGAAAAUGCUGUUACUAAAAUUAUUGCAUUGCCCAAUCAGGGUCGAUUGGUGUCAUUGUGUGAUGAUAAUUCUCUUCAUUUAUGGGAAAUUAAUACGAAUUCUGUAGUAAUGACAAAAUCAUUGCCAUUUGAGGGUAAAAUUAAAAAAAUAUCAGCAAUGUGUUUGGAAUCAAAUGGUGAACAUUUAUUACUUGGUACUGAGGGAGGAAAUAUUUAUCUAUUAAAUGUCAAAACUUUUACAAUGUCUGAUAAUAUUAUUUAUCAAGAUGUUGUUAUGCAAAAUGUUCCUGAUGAUUAUAAGAAAAAUCCAGGUGCAGUUGAGGCUAUUGCUGAACAACCUGGUCAUCCAGAUAAUAUAUUAAUUGGAUACAAUCGUGGUUUAAUGGUACUUUGGAAUAAAGCAACACCAGGUGCACAACAGCUGAUGGGUUUAUUUUCGCGUGCACAGACCUUUGUAUCACAACAACAACUUGAAUCAGUUCAUUGGGUAUCGGAAAAUAGAUUUGUAUCAUCUCAUAAUGAUGGUUCAUAUACAUUUUGGAGUCCAGGAAGUGAUGUUACAUCUGAACCAACAACUGUUUAUGGUCCAUUUCCAUGUAAAGCAAUUUCAAAAAUAAUGGCUCAUCCAAUUGACAAUGAUGGUGAUGAUGAUGAUGAUGAAAUUAUUUUAUUUUCUGGUGGUAUGCCACGUUCAAGUUAUGGUGAUAGACAUACUGUAACAACAUUUACUAAAACAAAACAUGUUGUAUUUGAUUUAACAUCAAAAGUUAUUGAUUUUUUUACAAUAUUACCAAAACAAGAUGAAGAUGAAAAAGAAUCAACAAUAAAAUCACCAGAAGCAUUAAUUAUAUUGGCUGAAGAAGAAAUUGUUGCUAUUGAUUUAACUGAUCCAGAAUGGAAAAUGAUGUCAUUACCAUAUCUUGUAUCACUUCAUGCAAGUGCUGUAACAUGUUCACAACAUGUACAAAAUAUACCAGAUAAACUUUGGGAUGAUAUUGUUAUGGCUGGUAAAUUACAAAUUGAACAUUUAUAUUCAGAUAAAAGUUGGCCAAUUGAUGGUGGUGUAUUAUUAAAUGAAAAUAAUAAUGAAAAUAAUAAUCGUGAAUUAUUAUUAACUGGACAUGAAGAUGGUACUGUACGUUUUUGGAAUGCAUCAAAUGUUGUAUUAACACCAAUAUAUAAAUAUAAUUCAUCAAUAUUAUUUAAUGGUGAACAUUUAGAUGCACUUGAACAAUUACCAGAUGAAGAUGAAGAAGAAUGGCCUCCAUUUAGAAAAAUUGGUACAUUUGAUCCAUACUCAGAUGAUCCACGUCUUGCUGUUAAAAAAAUAUUAUUAUGUCCAUUAUCAUCAACUUUAGUUGUUGCUGGUACAGCUGGACAUAUUAUAAUAGCUAAAAUAUCAUCUGAAAUAAAUAGCAAAAAUAUGAAAUCAGUUACAAUGAAUAUUGUUAAUGAUCGUGAUGGUUUUGCAUGGAAAGGACAUGAUAAUUUACCAGUACGUAGUGUUGUUAUAGAUUUUACAAUUGGUUUUCAACCAGAUAGUCUUGUACAAUUAUAUCCACCAGCAGCUGUAACAGCAUUAUCAAUACACAGUGAAUGGGGUCUUAUUGCAGCUGGUACUGCUCAUGGUCUUGCUGUAUUUGAUUACAUAAGAAAUAAACCAAUAAUUGUUAAAUGUACAUUAAAUCCAAAUGAUUUAAGUGGCUCUGGUGAUACACCAAUAUCAAGAAGAAAAUCAUUUAAAAAAUCAUUACGUGAAUCAUUUAGACGUUUAAGAAAAGGUAGAUCACAAAGAUGUGCAACAACAACAAAUAAUACAACAACACCAUCUUCAAUAAAAAAUAGAAAUAUAAAUUCAGAUAUUAAAAAAGAUAUUAGUUUAACAAGUAAUUUAGGAUCACCAAGUAAUCCAGAUACUACUACUGCUGGUGGAAUUGAUGUUAAACCAAUUGAACGUCAAGUUGAAGCAAGACCAGUUGAUGAUGCAUUUGGUUCAAUGGUUAGAAGUUUAUAUUUUGCUCGAAGUUUUAUAAUAAGUAUGCAAAAUACAACACCAACAUUAUGGGCAGGUACAAAUAAUGGUACUGUUUAUGUAUUUACAUUAGCAAUACCAGCUGGUAUUAGAAGAAAAGAUGAAAAUGUUAUUUGUACACUUGGUAAAGAAAUACAAUUAAAACAUCGUGCACCAGUUAUUGCAAUAACAAUAAUUGAUGGUUCAAGUGUACCAUUACCAGAACCAUAUGAGACUGAUAAACCAGAUAUGACAUCACCACAUAGAGUUAUUAUUGCAAGUGAAGAACAAUUUAAAAUAUUUAAUUUACCAUCAUUAAAACCAUCAUGUAAAUAUAAAUUAACAGCACAUGAAGGAUCAAGAGUACGUAAAACUGGUUUUGCUAAAUUUACAUGUCCAAUUGAACCAACUGGUACAAUACAUGAAGAAACAUGUUUAUUAUGUUUAACAAAUCUUGGUGAUUGUUUAAUAUUAAGUAUACCUGAUAUGAGACGACAGCUAAAUGCUGCUGCAAUUAAACGUGAAGAUAUUAAUGGUAUAUCAUCAUUGACAUUUACUAAAUCUGGUGAAGCAUUUUAUUUACAUUCAAGCUCAGAACUUGAACGUAUUUCAUUGUCUGUUACUAAAGUUACUAAAGCACAGUGUGCAUUAAAUUUAUUACCAAAUGCACGUGAAUCAUUAGAUAAAUCACCAGAAACAGAAGAAGAAGAAGAAGAUGAUGAAGAAGGCGACGACAACGAAGAAGAAAAUGAAGAAAUUGACAAUGAAAAUGAAAAACUAAAAAAUACAAAUGACAAACAAGAUGAAAUCGUUGAUAAAUUAUUAAAGCAUAAAUAUGAAACACAAAGUAAUGAAGCUAAUAAAACAAUAACUGAAAAUGGCAUUGGUAAUGAUGAGUCUAAAGAUUCAAUAUUAAAAUCAGGAACAAGUACUAAUGAUGUUAAUGGAAAUGGCGGUGGUAGUGGCGGUGGUGGUGGUGGUGGCAGUGGUGGUGAUGAUGAUCGUUCAAUUGGAGAUAUUACAAUUGACAGUGUCAAGGAUCAUUUACUUAACAGUUCACUUUUCAGAAAUGCAACAUCAUCUGAGGAUUUACAUAAUCGUCUUGCUGGUUUAAAAAUGGAAGUAACAUCUCGUACAUCAGAAAUAUCAACUCAAAAUCAAUCACUUGUUGUUAAAACAACAACUGUCAUAUCACAAACAUCAGCAAAUGGUACAACAAAUGGAGAAAUUGAAACUAAUCAAAUUAAUGAAUCACAACAAAUUAAUAGCACAACUGUAGAACAAGAAAUAAAUAGCGGUAGUGAAACCACAACCACUCAUGCAACCAUAACACUUCCACCCAAUGUUGAGAUUAGCGCAGCUGAUUUAGCAAAUUUAGAAGUUCAAACAACAACAGUAACAACUGAAAAAUCUAAAUCUCCAGUUGUCAUAAGAACCGAAGAGAUAAUAUCAUAAUUUAAUUAUUAUUUUCUCUUUCAAAUAGUUAUAUAGUUUAAAUAAUUAAUAAAAAAUUACAAGGCACGAGGAGUUUAAAUAUAUAAUUAUAUAUUUAAAAAAAAAUAUCAUCACUAACAUUCAAUCAACAUUUUUUUUUUUUUUAUAACAAUUUAAAUAAUAAUUAAGGAAAACACAAAAUUGUUUGUUAAAAUUCUUUUUUUAAUUUAUAACAAUAUGGUAUUCACAUUAAUUAUUAUUAUUAUUAUUAUUAUUAUGCAUUUAUAUUGUAUAAACAAUUAAACAUCAGUUGAUUGUUGAAAAAUUAAUUCUUCCAGUAUUUUUAAUUUUCAAUUAGAUUAUUUUAUUUUCAUCAGCUUUUUUUAUUUCAGGAUUUGGUUUUUUAUUAUAUUAUUGUAGCUAUUAAUUUCAACGAAAUAAUAAUAAUAAUAAUAAUAAUAACUACUUAAUAAUUUUACUAUAAAAAAAUAAAAUUUAGCCUUUAAGCUUAAAUUAAAAAUAUAUUUUUUAUCUAAAUAUAUUUAUAUAUUAAGAUUAUUAUAUUCGACAGUCAUUAAUCAACAUAUUAACAGCUAAUGCUCUUUACAGUGCCUCGUAUUUAUUUAAUGGGGAAUUGAAUAUUUUGUUAUAAAUAAGAAUUUUUACUAUUUCAAUUUAUUGUAAUUAAAAAUAUAUAUUAUUCGUGUAUAUGGUUUUGUUUUCGAUCAUCGUGACAAACAAAUAAAAUACUUACUUUUAUA